CAGUCGUGAAUGUGACAGCGUACCAUUCACAUCAAAUCCACCGUUGCUGUGCUUUCGCUCUCUUUUUCGAGUUGAGCUCAAUUAAACCGAUAUUCUGUGUGUACUUGUAAGUGUCGACACGAAGUUUGAAGCAGAUGAAAUAAAACAGCAAGAGCAAAGAGAAUCUAUUCAAAAUCGAUUUAGUGCGGUGAAAUUUAUUCAAGCGAUUUUCUUCAACGAAUCGAAUGUCAUUCACUGAGUGGCGUCAAUAAAAACAGAAGCAAAACCCAGGGAAUAAAAAAGAAGUCGAUUGACCAUAAAAACUGUCCAAGAAGGCGGAACAUAACAUAAAAAGUGAAGAUUCAUCUUGCCUCCGUAAAAAGUGUUAUAAGUAAUAAUAAACUAAGUGAACAAAAAGCUCUCACUGGACUUAUAAAAAUAAUGACAGUGUCGAGUGUUGAGUACGAUUGUUGUUGGUUGUUUCAGCAAAACCACUACUUUUCGCUCUGCUAACAUUGUCAUAAAAUUAGGUACGCAGCGCACAUAAAAAGCGCUGAUAUAUAGACCGAAGGCAGAGUUUGCACCGUGAAGAGUGUGUGCGCGCGAGUGUGUGGGAGCAGGAAAGAAAGGAAAAAAAAACAUGAACUUGGACACAUGUCGUGGUGGUGACCAAUUGCUUUUACAACGAUUGUACGGCGAAUGUUUGCAUUGAACGUGUCGCGGCAAUCAUUAAACAAUAUUGUUUCCGUGCUACGAUAAAAUACCAAUAGCCAACGCAAAAAAGAAUCGGGGAAAAAAGCACACGAACCAAACCAAACCGAACCGACACUGAAAUUGAAUUGUGUUGUGUUUGAACUCGUAACGCGGCGCUUGUAACGUUAACAUAACGCACGUUCAGUAGACAAAUAUUUCCCAUUGCAUGGCAUAGUGCGCCAAUUACGGAUUGCCCGUGUGCUCACGUGUGUGUUUGCCUCUCACCAACUCGCAGUGGUUCUAGCCAUUGUUAGAUGUGAUACCAAUCUUUACGCAGCAAAAACAAUUUGCAAUCGGUGUGAGUCUGUUAUUUUAUGUUGUUGUUGUUGUUGAUGGUGAAAACUCCUGGUUGUUUUGUUGCCGGUCAUUCGUUACGGUCAUCAAUUUAUUUGCACCUGAAUACACCAGAAAAUAUAUUUAACGUGCGGCAACAACGACGACGACAACGACGACAACACACUGCGAUUGCAAUGAUAGAAAACAAUAAUUGGUGGUGAAUGUUCGGUCGUGUACUUCGUUUAUCAAAGUUUAUACGUGUCGAAAAUAACGUUGUUGGCCAAUUAAAGCACUGUGUGCUGUUUUGUGACUUCUUCCGUACACAAAGUUCUAUCGACAAUCGAACAGAAGGAAAAAAAAUCCGAGAGUGAAAGAAAGAUAGGAUAGAAAGGGGGAGAAAGGAAGGGAAAGAAACAACUGCAUCGAAUUAUAUCUCAAUUGAAUUUCGUACAAGCACAUCUAAUUACAUGGCCAAACUAGCAAAAAAUAUGAAAUACAAACAUAACAACAACGAAACGGUGCGGCAAAUAACUGUGCGAAACUAUGAUGUGUGAGUGUGUGCGAAGAACAACAACGUCAUCGACAAUAAUAAAAAUAAUUGCAAGCGACAGCAUCAGUGAUAAUCAUAUGAGACAUAGACAAUUUGUGCAAAAUCACAACGAUCCAUUUAGUGUGAACGAAUUGAAUUGGCGGAAAAAAUUGUCAUCGUCAAAUUACCAGCAUCAUCAUCACCAUCACCACGAUAAGAAUCAGGCAUUGUUGAGGCCACACACUCGUUGUCGUCGUUAUCAUAGCACCGUCGCAAAUAGUCGACAUCGCUGUCGUCAUCAUCGUUGUCUUCGUCGCUGUACCAACACACCCACUAAUUGGAUAAAUAUCCAUCGGGUCAAAGCGAUACGUGCUAAUCGGCGCUCGCAGCCGAUUCAUACAACACAAUAUUCUGAUAGUGAGCACACUCGCACGAAUCUUGAUGUACAUUUCGAAUGGAAUAGCCGUAUUUAUUUUAGUAUUUCACCUAAAAUUUAUUCAAGAUAUGACCAAAGCAUCAGCUAACGGUACUAACAUUCCCGAGCAUAUUAUGUCGCUGCACCCGUAUUUUGGCUUUGACGUACAGCGCAAUGUCACCGCUCGUGUGGGGUCCACAGCGUUUUUGCAAUGCAAAGUUGAACAACUGGGCGACAAAUCGGUGUCCUGGAUUCGCAAAAGGGAUCUUCACAUAUUAACAGCCGGCGUGCUAACAUACACAUCGGACGAACGAUUUCAGGUAAUUCGAGCAGAUCGUUCUGAUCGAUGGACGCUACAAAUAAAGUUUCCGCAAUUGCGCGAUAGUGGCAUAUACGAAUGUCAAGUGAACACCGAACCGAAAAUGUCGAUGGCGUUUCGGCUAAAUGUUGUGGAAGCGAAAGCAGUGAUACCAGGCCCAUCGGAUAUUUAUGUUAAACAGGGUAGCGAAGUUGUACUGACAUGCGUUGUUAGCCAAGGACCACAUGAAUUGGGUCAAAUAUUCUGGUUACGCGGCAAACAAAUGAUCGACCCAAAAACCAGAUAUCAUUUAAAUGACAUUUUCGAAUAUCCGGAUCGCAUAACCAUUUCGACGGAAUCGGGCGAUGUUCUGCAAUCAAGAUUAACAAUAUCCACAGCAAGACUAUCUGAUUCAGGUAAUUACUCUUGCAUGCCAACGAAUGCAGAAGGUACCAGUGCAAUCGUCCACGUUAUAAAUGGUGAAUUUCCGGCUGCCAUGCAAAGAGGCUGCGCCAGCAACAACAUCAAUCUAUCUAUUUUAUUGUACAUUUUAUCACUAUCACUUUUGAUUCAAUAUUUGAACCGGAUACUGAGUACAUUCAUAGUGUUACAUGUGAUUUCAUCGCAUCGAAACCCCAUCAUCCAUGACACACCAUACCAAUUCCAGUUAGGUUUUACGCGUUUGCCAGCUUUAUUGGAUGCAUCAUCAUCAUCAUCAUCAGCAGCAGCAGCAGCAGCAGCAGCACCAACAGCGAAAAGCUCAGCAUUGAAUUUAAGAUAAAAUAAAUCCUCGGCACAACCAAACACCCAAAUACACCCACACACAUACAUUCACUCUUUUUCUCGGAUUUUGUGAUUUUAAAAUGAAUAAAAAAACAGAAAGAAAAUGGAAAACGUUUUUAGUAGAAAUUUAAGCAAGUAAUUGAGAGAAAGAAAAAAGACAGAAAGGAAACAAAUAUAAGCAACAUAAACAUGGAAAAUGACAUUUAUACGAAAGCAAGCAUCUAUGUAAAUACUUCGUUACACACUACAGACACACACACACACACUCACAUAAAUCAUAUCUCUCGAAAUCAAUGUAUGUUCUUGAAUACAGUACAGCAAACGUACUCUAUCAACCACAAAAAAAAGACUCUCUAUUCGAUGUGGAUUUUGUGUUAUGUCAAUUUGGUAUAGUCGACAGAAGAGAUAUCGGGAGGAUUUUUUUUAGCCAUCACAUACAUAUACACUGUUCGUUUCGAAUGAUGAAUCGAUUCGAAAUUUUAUUGACAUGGCAAUAAAUUCAAUUUGUAUGCUGAAAACCAUUCCAUUUCCUAACAAGUUAUAAAUUGACUUUAUUUAAAUGUCCCAUUCCCAAAUACAUAAGACGAUAUAGCCACAUUUGAAAGGUUACGUAGCCACUUUUAAAGGGUUAUCUAUAUGAAAUGUAUGAGAAAUGGACACUUUAUAACUCUUCUUCUUUUUUUUUAAUUCGUCUUCAUUUCCCUCCCAAAGACAAUUUUAAUUGAACCAAUUCAUUAUGUAUUAAUAUUGAUGAUGACAAAUAUAUAUUUACCGUAAGUUGUAACACAUAGAUAUUGAAUAAUUGAACGAAUAAUAAAGACAUACAGACAUAAGAAUAGUCGAAUGUAGUAGAAAA